GCACUGCGGGUAGCUGGUUUGGGGUCACGUGCCGAGCGAGAGCCGCCGCCUCCUGGGCGGGCGCUUCCUGUGGCUGUCUCGGCCGCCGCCCGAGGGCCGCGGGAAGCCUGGCGGUUCCGGGCUGUGGGAGGCCCUGUUUUGGUUCGGAUCCGCCGCGAGGUAUCUAGCCUACCAGGAUGCCAGGGUCGAGACCUCGGAAGGGCCCUAAGACCAGAGGCCAGGGUGCUGCAACUGCUAAGCAGCUGGGGCUUUUCGUGGAGUUCAACACUGAAGACAUGCUCCUGGGGGUGGAUGAGACUGAAGAUGACGGAGACCUAGAGGCUGAGCUGUUGGCUCUCACUGGGGAGACAGGGAGCACAAGCAGGAAGCCCGCACCCAAGGGGCAUGCCCCCCUACCCAUGGCCCACAUUGAGAAGUUGGCAGCAGACUGUAUGCGAGAUGUGGAGGAGGAGGAGGGAGAGGAAGAGGAAGGGCUGGAGGAGGAUGCAGACCUGCUGACAGAGCUGCAGGAAGUCCUGAGUGUGGAUGAAGAAACUGGGCUGCUAGAUGGCAGUGAGGCAACAAGUCCAGACUUGUCUGAGGACAGGGCACAGGACAACACUGAGCAACCUACAGUGCAGACAGCCUUCCAACAGGCUUUACCUGCUGUGCCUCAGGCUGGAGGGCCUCGGGGGCUGCAGGCUUUGCUGGAGGAACGGAUCUAUAACUACCGGGAGGCCGCAGCCAUUGCCAAGGAGGCCGGUGAAGCUGCCAAAGCCCGGCGCUGUGAUCGGGGCCUGAAGACUUUGGAGUCCCAGCUUGCCACUGUGAGGAAAGGUGGGAAGAUCAGUGAGGAUGAGAUUCCACCUCCAGUAGCCUUGGGUAAAAGGCUCCCACCCCACCAGGAAAUAGCCAACAGGAGCCCUGAGGCAGCUCCGUGUGCCAUGGAGCCAGAGCACCUUUACCAACCUGAGCCCAGCCUCCCAGACAGCUCUGCCAUUGCUCCUCUGCCUGUUGCAGACCCAGCCCCACAGGCCCUGUUGUUAGCCCGACAGAGAGAGUACAAAGUAGCUGCUCUCAAUGCCAAACGGGCUGGAGAUCUAGAUCGUGCCCGGGAGCUCAUGAGGAUUGGGAAGAGAUUUGAUACUGUCCUGGAGGCCCUGGAGAAAGGGCAGCCUGUGGAUCUGAGUGGCAUGCCCCCAGCACCUGAUGAUCUGAAGGCCCUUCCACAGGCUUCUGAGGCCCCUACAGCAACCCGAGUCCUGUCCCCAGUAGUGGAGCAAGUACAGAAAGUGAUGGCCUCUGACCUCCCAGCCUCAGUGGCCCCUGCAGAGCCAAAAACAGUGCUGGAUGCUUUACAGCAAAGGCUGAACAGGUACCGUGAGGCAGGCAUCCAGGCCCGGGCCAGUGGGAAUGAGCGCAAGGCCAGGAUGCAUGAUCGCAUUGCCAAGCAAUAUCAGGAUGCUGUUCGAGCUCAUCAAGCAGGGCAGAAAGUUGACUUUGCUGAGUUACCUGUUCCUCCAGGAUUUCCUCCCAUCCCUGGCCUGGAGCCCAGUAAAGGUGCCGAGGAGGAUUCAAUGACAGCAACUUUGGCGUCUGCCCAAAAACUGGCCUCACAAGAUACAGUCCUGGCAGAUGAAGACGAGGAGAGUGAUACCCCAGCACAGGCUCCAGUGGCCAAGAAGCCAGCACAUCCUCUGGCCCCUUCAUCUCAUCCUGUGACUGAGCCCAAGGCCUCAAGUUCUAAGGAAUCACUGAGUCCAUCUGCUCGGGAGCAGCUGGCACUGCUGGAGGCUCGGAAACUGCAAUACCAGCGAGCAGCCCUGCAGGCCAAGCGCAGACAAGAUCUAGAGCAGGCCAAAUCCCAUCUACGAGUAGCUAAAAAUCUGGAGGUCCAGAUCGCCCAAGCCCGAGCAGGUCAACCCAUCGACCUCUCCAAGAUGCCUUCACCCUUGACGGAUGAAGAGGGUGACUUCAUCCUCAUCCACCAUGAAGAUCUGCGACUCUCCCAGAAGGCUGAGGAGGUGUAUGUCCAGCUACAGAAAAUACUCCUGGAGCAGCAUGAGAAGUGCCUGCUGUUCUCCAAGCAGUUCAUGCACCAGGGCAAUGUGGCUGAGACUACCCGGUUUGAGAAGCUUGCUCAGGACCGAAAGAAACAGCUUGAGAUCCUGCAGCUAGCCCAGGCCCAGGGCCUUGACCCUCCCAGCCAUCACUUUGAGUUGAAGACAUUCCAGACUGUGAGGAUCUUCUCAGAACUUAACAGCACAGAAAUGCAUCUGAUCAUCGUCCGGGGAAUGAACCUCCCGGCCCCACCAGGAGUGACUCCCGAUGACUUGGAUGCGUUUGUACGCUUUGAGUUUCAUUACCCUAACUCGGACCAGGCUCAAAAAAGCAAAACAGCCGUGGUCAAGAAUACAAACUCUCCAGAAUUUGAACAAGUUUUUAAACUAAACAUCAAUCGAAAUCACCGGGGCUUUAAGAGAGUGAUCCAGAGCAAAGGAAUCAAAUUUGAGAUCUUCCACAAAGGAUCCUUUUUUAGAAGUGACAAGCUGGUUGGCACAGCACACCUGAAAUUGGAAAGGCUGGAGAAUGAGUGUGAGAUCAGAGAGAUCAUGGAGGUUCUGGACGGAAGAAAGCCCACUGGGGGGAAGCUGGAGGUUAAGGUGAGGCUGCGGGAGCCUUUGAGUGGCCAGGAUGUGCAGGUGGUCACUGAGAACUGGUUGGUCCUGGAGCCUAGGGGCCUGUGAGGUGAGUAGCUCUCCGAUCCACCAGAGUUUUCUCUCUACUAAAACUUUUUCAGUCAUUUCUGGGAAGGAAGCAUUUAGUCUCUCAAGGUGACUAAAACUGUUGGGAAGUGCUUGUGGGUUAUUUCUUAAGACUCAGGGCAGAAAGAGAUCUCAUGUUAAUGUUCUUCAGAAACCUUUUAAAGCUCGGAUGGUUUUCUUUGUGCUUUUGCCUUGUGAGGUAGUCGGCACUGGUACCAGCUCACCGACCCAGCUCUGCCGGCUGCAAGAGCCUCUGUAGUGAGAGCUGCUGCUACACAAGCACCAAAGACCGCCAAACUAACCGUGGCCUGGGCUGUCCUUGCACCACCUCUCCUGGGCCUCCGUGGAGCAUCUGUACAGCCUCCCGCCACCAGAAUGUGGGUGAAGACAAGGAUACCCCCAUUGCUCUGUGCCAGAGUCCUACUGCCCCUUAACCUCUGCAUAGCGAUGACGUACAUUUAACCCAGCCCCAGUUGCACCAUUUCUGGAUGUGCCUUUCAAAGAUGUGACUGUAAGGGAUGGAGAACGUGAGGGUGAUUGGAACCUUCCCUGCUUAGGGGAGGGGCAGGAUUCCGGGACUGCAGCUAUUUUCCCCUCAGCCUGUGCCUUUGACCCUAACACCUGCUGCACUAGCCUUUCUGCUUCCCAGGGGACUGGGGAACAGGAAAGUUACUUUGGUACUAUUGGUGGGAAGGGGAAGGCUUUCUUCGCUUUGGUCCAUGUACCUAAGAUGUUAACUGGGAAGAAAAGAAAAAAAAAUAGCAGUUUUAUGUGGCCGUUUUUAUUUUAAAACUAGGUCUAAUUCACUGUAAGAACUUUAUAUUCUAAACAGUAUUAAUUUACUAUCAAAGUCUUCAAAUGCCCUGUUCCCUGUCACUUUAAAAGCCAAAGCAGUUCUGCUGUACCUGUGUAUUCCUCUUUUGAGAAGGCCUGUCCUUGAGCUGAUCUCUUGGCUAAUCCCUGUUUGUCCAGGUUCUAUAGCUUUCAUGGUGAACAGAUGAAAUGAAGGGUCAGGUAGUUGCAAUGGAGUUAAUAUUUAAAUACAUUAUUCUAGAUUUCUCAGAAGUCAUCACCCCAACUCUUUCCCCUGGUUUAAAGCAUUAACCUCAACAAAGUGUUCCUCCAUAUUUUAUCAUUUUGGUUGAAUGAGGCAGGGUUUCACGCUAAUAGUCCAGGCUGGUCUUGAACUCCUGCCUCAGCUUCCCUAGUGCUGGGAUUACAGGCAUGUGCUACCAUGCCCAGCUUCCUCAGGAUAAUUUGUGAAGGCUCUACGAGAAGGAAGUAGGAAGUACAUUCAGCUGCUGGUCACUACAGUAUUGCAUAAGCACAGCCCAGGGGUGAGCUUUUGUGUGUCUGUUGGAGAUAACAGGGCUGGACCAUGCUUCCCAGCCCUUGAAGAGCAUAUCAAAAUUGUUAGUGGAUAAGAGGGCAGAAACUGCUGACAAGUGACUUCUCCCAGAGCUCUCUGGCCAAUCCUACCUAGCAGAUGUGAGCUCCCCAUCUUGCAUACGUAAGAGAUUUAACAAUUAUAGUCACAUCAUGUGUCCAGCGGCGAAUUGGAAUGAAAGGGUCUCUGCCUUCAUGAAGGAACCCAGAGCAGAGGGGUGUGGUCUGAAGUUAUUGGUCCCACCGCACUUUCCUUUCAGCCUGCAUCUGACUCAGCUCAAGGCUUGCUAAAAUGAAGAGCCCCUGGGGUUAUUCUCCAUGAUCCCUAUCUGCCCUAGGCAUUUCACAUUUCUUCCCUCUACUGGGAGUGUUGUGUUCUGAGACUUAAGGGAUUGCCCUUACAGCUUGUUCACUUUCAGUCCACUAUAUCGCUCUGCUCAUUGAAAAACCACCUCAAGGCUGAGGGAGGCCUGACAAAGCCACCCACUGGACUUGGAGAUUUAAAAGGUCUUUGUUGUAGCCAAGGAAUGCUUGGGUAGGGGGAGGGGCCUGCAUAAAGCUUCAUUUAUGUAAGAUUUAGUCAGCCACAGUAACCAAACAUUAUUCAUGGAUAUAACUGAGAACCAGCCACACCAAAAUCAUUUCUAAAUAUUACACUGAAUGUCUUUUAAAUUCCUGAACUGAAUAAAAUACAGAAUUUUAGAGUCAGGAAGUUUUGCUCAUGAAAGGCAAGGAUUGUACGAUUUUUUUUUUCCCUUUAUGUAGCACCAGUCUAAAACGUAUAUGGUUGCCAUCCUCAUACUUAUGGGUCACCCCCCUCCAAAUAUGUGUGGCUUUCCUUAAAAGACCUUGGCACUAAGUGAGGUCAGCUGUUUUGAGUUUGAAUCAAACCACAGGGCCGGGGCUGGUAAUCCCAGGAAGCAUGUACCUGCUCUUGUUCCUAAUGUGUUGAGGAUCAAAUGGGCCUUAGAUGACUGGCCUCCAAGAUGGGCUCAGCGUCCGGCUCUAUUCAUGCAGUCCUAUGUAUACGAUUCUUAAAAAUCCCAUUACCAUUAUUUAAUUUUAGUAUCAGUAAAAUAGAAGCUACUGUUAGAAAUACAUUAAGUGCAUAACUGUCUUUGAGAUGACCAAGGACAAGUUUAACUGGAAUUUGGGCCACCAGCAGGACCCAGUGUAGAUGGAGAAGACAGGAGAUGGGACUGUAGACAAUCCCAUCAUUCUGCCGCCUUGAGAGCAGGGGGGGCUUGGGAAAUAGAGAGUACCAGGUAUAGUGGCAUAUUCCUAUAAUCUCAGUACUUGGGAGGAGGAGGCAGGAGCAUCAGGAAUUGAAUGUCAUCUUUGACUAGACUGAGUGUUUGAGGCCAGCCUGGGCUACAAGAGGGCCAUCUCUAAAAUCCAGGAAAUACAUAAUGCAAUACACGCUUACAAACACACUCGGUAAGCAUACAAUUUUUAAAAACAAUAAAUUACCAGGAUGCAAUUCUGCUCUUUGUGUAAAAACUCUGCAUUUAUCUUUCAGGUUAAAUCUAGAAAACCCUGCCUGACUAGGAAUGUGCUGCUUCAGCACUUUAUAAUAUAAAUUACAGUACACAUCAUAUAAAACCAAAGUUAAAAAGGAGAAAAGACUGAGCAUCCUUGAUGGCGUAAGCCCGAUUUUCUAAGAUGAUUUUCCUACACACAAAGGAUAUUUUAUGAGUUAAGAAUGGACCUGUUUUUAUGGCUCCAGAAUCUGUCCUUUGUGGGGGAGGGGUUAAAAACCUUGUUUAUGAGCUAGGCAUGGUGGCACAGGCCUUUAAUCCCAGCACUUGGGAGGCAGAGGCAGGAGGAUCUCUGAUUUUGAGGCCAGUCUGGUCUACAGAGUGAGUUCCAGAAUUGCCAGGGCAGUUACACAGAGAAACCCUGUCUUGAAAAACCAAACAAAAAAUCCUCGCAUGUUCUAGGAGAUCCAUGUCCAACAGCAGGGUGCAGUUAGCUGAGCAGGAGGAUGGGGCAGUACUGUAGAAGCGCCCAUCUUUUGAGGUAUAUUAACACCAAAAUACACCUGUUAAGGUACUUCCUGUUACAGGUUCAGGGCCGGUUCAAGGGCUCUUUUCUUACAUGAAAUCAGUGCUGGUCAGGGCCAAAGGUCACUUCUAAGGCUUUGUACCUACAUCUAAAAGAAAGGUCAUGUUCCCAGUUCUGUAGCUUCCAUCAGCAAAACCUUGGGAGAAAUGGGUGUGGAGUGCAAUCUUCACCCAGCAGAGAGAGAGACAGUCACAGUCAGACACAUAGGCCAGGCCAGACCUUAGAGCCUUUAGAAAACAGCUACUUCCCCAAGCAGGUCUACCAGCUCAGGAGAGGAAUGGAGCAGCCUUCCACUGUCGCAGAGGCCUGCAUUUGAACCUAGGGCUGUAGAGGAAGGAGAUCCGGGGUGGCCUGGGCUUGGGAAGAUGCCAUGGACACAAGUGUUAGUUGCCCUAGAGCAGUGUAUUUCAAAUGGAGAGAUGCAUUUGGCCUGUGACCAAAAUAAAUAUAACAAAGAUAAAAUCAGAACCAGACCUUGGUUUCCUGUACUAUUCCAAUUAAAAGGGCUACUCAGAGAUGAAGCGAUUCCAAACCUGGCAGGUAAGUGCAAGAUUAGUCUGGAGCAUCUUGUUAGGCUACACAGGAAGGAGUAAAAAUAAAUGUGUCAUGAAAGGAUGCAGGAGCCAGCUUGAAGGUGCUCAACUUAGCCAAAGAUGAGCUCACCUGAGUACCAAACUAAGAAAGUAGAACUCCACAAGACCAACAUGAAAACUAAAAGAAUAACAGGGAGGGAGGGAGGGCUGGUUUGUUUAUAGUUUUUAAGUCCAGCUGGCAAAGAAAGGGCAUGCUGGAAUUAGAAAACCAUCUUGCAGCUGUCAGAGUAAAAGAUCAGUGUAGGCAAGAAGCAUCCGUGGUGCAAGUUAAGGGACAAUCUGAGGAGCAGACAUUUGCACAGUGUGAAAAGCGCCUCUACAUAAAUCUGUCAUUAAGAGGGAAACAGACAUAGCGCACAGUGAUGAUGAAAUCUGCCACCAUCUCUGAGAGGCAGAGGGACAUCAAGGAAUCAGGCUGAGAAUGCAAUGAGUACCAUUCAUUGUCAAGGCAACAAACUCAAAUGACAUGUUUUCUAAAACAAAACAAAAAUUCAGGAUGUGAGGGCCUAUACUCAAAAAAUAUGCAUGCCACAAAAAACCAAA